AUGAAUUCUACCACGUCUUCCGUACGGGGUUUACCGACGAUCGGGACUCGGAUGCGGGGGAAAACGCCGCGAUUCGAUGGAAUCGGCGGCGUCGUCUCGAGACGCGGUGGUGCUCGAGGAUUUCGCGUUCGUGCGCGACGCGAGCGCGUCGUCGCGCACGUGAGCGGUCGCGACGAUGAUAUGAUUAGUGAAUCGUCCUCCGAGAGCGAUUGGCGCGCGUUUCGCGCGCGGUUAGUGGCGAAUCACCGGAACAACGACGCCCUUCGCCGGAGCGUGAGAGACGCUCGGUGGGCGCACGGGUUGGAGUGCGUCGAGCGCGGAGCGUUGUUAGUUGCCGUGGACGAAGAUUCGUCCUCGUUUUGGUCGCACGUGGUGAUCUUGAUGUUAGAUCACGCCGCGCACGGAUCGACGGGUAUCAUCUUAAAUCGCACGCAGUCUUGGACUCUGGAGAAGCACUGUCCAGAAAUCAUGGUGCAUCGAAACGGGAAGUACUGGGAUGCGUUGGCGAACGACGUCGCCGGUGUCGGCGGACCGGUGGGUUUGGCGGCACCUCGAGAUCGGUCGGUGAUCGCGCUCUCGACGAAGCCACAGAUUGGUAUGACGGAAGAGGUCGUGCCGGGGAUACAUCGCGUGAUCAAUCUCGAGAAGUUGGCGAAGAUGAACUCAAAGCUCACCGGACCGAACACGCUAUCGCCCGAGGAGCUGUCGCUCUUUGUCGGGUACUCGGGUUGGGCUCCGGGACAGCUCCAGAGCGAGAUUGACGCCGGAUACUGGACCUUAGCCGCCGCGUCGGGGGCGUUCAUCGAAGACUGUAUGUUUAAGCACGUCAUGGACACCAUCAUUGAUCCAACCGGAAAGCGAGUGCCGAUAGAUGCUCACGGUUUCCAAGCCUGGGCGACCACUCGCGAGCUGCUCGGGAUGUGA